AAAGAGAAUUUUGUUUUUGUAUACAAAAAAAAUAAAGGUUACAGUGAGAUUAGCUCUCAGUGAUGAGAAACAAAGCUUGUGUUCUUUAUUAUAAGAAAAUAAAAGUAAAAUUAUUUUCUUAAAAAUAUUCUUAAAGGUACAAACGCAUGCAAAGCGUACCUGGAAUACAAAUUUAAUAUUUGUAAACAAUAAUUAAAAAAUAUUAAAAUUAGUUAAAAAUCGUUUUAAAGAAAUAAAAAUAAUUUUAAAUUAUAAACUGAAAUAAAAUAAAAAAUUCAGAAUUUUAUUUAGAAAGACUAAAGCGUUUAUUGGUGGAAAAUUAUUUAGUUAAAAGAAAUUCAAUUAUAGCUUGCAUAAACAAUAAAAAAAAAGAGGAAAGAAAACAACUGAAAACGCCCAUGUUUUGUGCUCAGAUCACCGAUUUUUAAUUAAAUGAUAAUAUGGAUCAAUAUAGCGCUGAAAAAGGAUUAGCAAUAUUUUAUCCAUUAAUUAUAUUAUUGUCAUUCAUUUGUACAGUUUGUUCAACUGUUUUAUGGAAUCAUUGGAAAUAUGUUUUGGACUUAUGCCCAGAAACUAAUUGUGGUUGUUUCUUGUAUGGUCGAUCAACUUAUUCUACAUAUGAAGGAGGUCAUAUAGCUUAUUGUCAUUUCGCUGCUUAUGGAAUGGUUUUUCCAAUAAUAUUUUCAUUAAUCUUUGGAUCCUAUCAUGUUUAUCGAGUGUGUAUGGGUAAAGGUAAACCACGGACUGGUACUGCAACUGUUAGACAAAGAAGUUGCGAGGUUGUUGUUGUAACAACAGAAGCUGAAAUGUUAUACAAUGAAAUUUCACCAAAUUACUGGAAACCUGCUACUGUUGUUAGCUGUUUUAUGUUACUUUAUAUGCUUGUUUAUUCCUCAAUUUAUACGGAUGGUUUCGAAACAUCUUGUAAACAAUAUCGUGAAACAGUAUUAAAACAGAUACAAGGUUUUGGGAAUAUUGUGCCAGUUAUUAAAGGCCGAUUGUCCUGCGCCGCAAUUUUUGAUUUUAUGGAUUAUUUAGAAAAGGAAAUCGUUACUUGGGAUAGAAGAAGAUAUGGACGAAUAAAUUCAGCAGCAUGUUUUUACAUUACGUUGGUAGGUGCUUGGAUGAUCGUUUUUUCAUGGUUAAUUAUAACAGUUAUUAAUAUAAUUCAAUUAAGACGAAGUCGCGCUCUUAGAGUUUAAAUUAGAUUUAGAAUAUAUUUAACGUCUAAUGUUAAGUGCAUAAAAUCCAUGAUCCAUAAUAUUAAAAUAUUAUGUUAUUCAUUGUUUUUUUUUUAUCUUUCAUUCUAAAAUUGAGUCUAUGAGAAUUUUUGCAAUUUU